AUGAGAAUCGGAAGAAUUUGCGAGGCUAUUGGGAGAUGGUUCGACAGGACUGAGGACAGCAACAACAUGAACACUUUGUCACUGUUUGCGAAAUUUAGAAAGGAUAGAGUUGAACCACAUAAUUCUGAUGAUCAUUGCAUUCCAACUGACCACUUGGACGUCACUGAUGUCGAGGAUUCCAAAUACCUGAAUUGGCUGAAGGAACACCCCAGUGCAUUGACAGUGUUCCAGGAGAUCAUGAAUGCAGCAAACGGGAAACAGAUUGUCGUUUUCUUGGAUUACGAUGGAACUCUGACGCCCAUUGUGGAUGACCCUGAAAAGGCUUUCAUGUCUCCAGCGAUGCGCAGUGCAGUCCGUGAUGUAGCCAAGAAGUUUUCUACUGCUAUUAUAAGUGGGCGUAGCCGUGAUAAGGUGUAUGGUUUUGUGAAGCUAGAGGAGUUAUACUAUGCUGGAAGCCAUGGAAUGGACAUCAAGGGACCUGUAACGCAGUCCAUGUCCUAUGAAUGCAAGUAUCAGACAAAGGCCUUAGAUCAUCAAGGAAAUGAGCUCACCAUCUUCCAGCCUGCUCAGGACUUUCUUCCUUCGAUUAAGGAGUUGUUAAACAGGCUGAAGAAGGAAACAUGUGACAUCGAGGGCGUGUUUAUAGAGGACAAUAGAUUCUGCCUUUCUGUUCACUACAGACAUGUCCCGGAAAAUGAUUAUGCAGCAUUGGAGAAAAUCAUAAAGUCGGUACUGGAGGAGUACCCUAAGUUUCGCAUGAACUUUGGAAAGAAGGUUAUGGAAUUGAAGCCUUCGAUUGAGUGGAACAAAGGGAAUGCUGUUUUGUAUCUGCUUGAUACUCUAGGUUAUGCUAAUUCAAGUGAUGUUUUCCCAAUUUUCAUUGGAGAUGACAAAACCGAUGAAGACGCUUUUAAGGUGAUUCGCAGCAGCAAGCAAGGAUGUCCAAUCCUGGUAUCAUCCAUUCCUAGAGACACUCGGGCUUUAUCCUCUUUGCAAGAUCCAACUGAAGUGGAGUCGUUUUUGAUCCGUUUGGCCAACUGGGUCCCAGCUGGGACCCAGUGACGACCAAAAACAUUGCUCUGGGUUGGUUUGGGGGUACAUAACAUAAGGCUUAUUGAGGAGUUUUUUUUAGGCAGCAGCAGUUUAUAUAAAUCAGAAAUUUAUUAGGCUUCUUAUUAAUAGUAAUAAGUAGCUUAGAAUUAUAUGAUAGGAAAGGCGGGUGUUUUUAAAUCGCCAGGAAAAUGCUCCCAAUAAAGCCUUAUUUAGUUCAGCCAGGGUUAGGGGUUUAUGUUUCUCUUUUCUCUUCUUUUUUCUCCCUACUCAUUAGAUUACAACAUCAAAGAUUGCAGGGGUUAUAGGUUUUCUAAUCCAUUUUAGAAUACUUCUUACAAAUGGGUUAUCAAAUCUAUAUAUAGGUCAUAUACAUGGACAAUAUGGUGUUAUACAAAGGCG